CGGUAUAAUCGAACCACUUCCGCUUUUAUGCUUGUUUUCGGCUUCCACAAAUCCACGUGUGUUAAGAGUGAUGCCGGUGAUCAACAGCAAAAAAGAGCAGGGAAAAGAUGUGGCCGUACAGGGGACCAAUGACAGCAGUGUGGUCAGUAAAGUGUCAGCAGCUGCACAGGGUUACUUCAAUGAUCAGUUUCUGAAGCAUUUUGUGUGCAAGGUGUCAAGAAGAGCUCCACUGAUCAACAGAGGUUAUUAUGUACGCAUGAAAGCAGUCGAUCACUGUGUGAAGCAGUUUUUUUAUGCCACAGAAUCCUGUUUGAGGAGGCAGAUUCUGUCACUAGGGGCAGGGUUUGACUCCCUGUUUUUCCGGCUAUAUGUGGAAGGAGCUCUUAAAAGCGUCACGGUUUUUGAGGUUGACUUUCCAGAAGUUGCCCAACGCAAGGCUGCCUUGAUCAGUAGCAAUGCUUGCCUGAUGGAUGCGUUGCCAGAUUGGGAGUCUGUCUCAACUCAACAGACUAAUGGUGUGUUCAUCAGAAGUGGUCAUUACAAUCUUCUGGGUGUGGAUGUCAGGAAAGAGCAGGAAGUGGAGGCGACUCUGAACAAAGCUGGUCUGCAGUGGGAUGUUCCCACACUUGUUCUUUCAGAGGUGGUGCUGACCUACAUGGAAACCCAGUGGUCAGAUGCUGUGAUCGGCUGGGCUGCCAAGCUCCUCCCACAAUCUUUGUUUGUGAUGUACGAGCAGAUCCACCCAGAUGACCCUUUUGGCCUGGUCAUGCAAAACCACUUCCUGAAGCUUAACUCAACAAUACACGCACUUAAACAGUAUCCAGACAGCAAUGCUCAGACUCAAAGAUUCAUACAGCAGGGUUGGGAGAAAUGUGUCUGUCUGGACAUGAAUGAGUUUUACUUUGAUCUUCUUCGUGAGGAUGAGAAACAGAGAGUCGAGGGACUGGAACCUUUUGAUGAGUUUGAAGAAUGGCACCAGAAAUGUUCUCAUUACUUCAUCCUUACAGCCUCAAAAGGCUCUAUGACCAGUCAAGCCCUUCUGACGCUACCAAAAGUGCCGUCUAUCCCUCGCAUGACUCCUCAGUGGCUCAGGAAUCCUCCUCUGUCCGUGAAGCCUGUGAGUGGCUCUGCAUGUGUGGAGGCUGUAGGUAUGGCCUCUGCUGUGCUGGGAUCUGGGCUAAUCCUUCUUACUGGAGGCAGUGGAAGAGCAGGAAGAGACACAGCAGCCAGGGUCAUGAUCAAAGAGCAAGCUGGCUGGAAAUGUGCCAGUGUGUACCCUCAGGGUGACAGAGUGGUGAGUGUUUAUCAGACACUGACCCCUGUACCUGGUGGAGGAGCUGUCCUGCUCGGCGGCAGAACUUCUCCACUCAAUCCAGUAGGCAGUGUUCUGUCUGUGACCUUUGACCUUGGUGAUCAGCCAUCUCAAAGCAAAGUACAACUGUCAUUUAAAAACAUGGUUUGUACCGGCAGUGGUCCAAAACCCAGAUGGCGCCACACAUCAACCUGCAUAAGUCAUGGAGACAAGACCUUUCUAUUUGUGUUUGGAGGACGUACUGAGAAAGAUCCGGUUCUAGGUGAUGCACAUUUUCUGUGUUUGGAGAACAAGCAUUGGACAGAGAUUCCCGUUGAUGGUAUCGUCCCAGAAGCCCGUCAUUCACAUUCAGCAUGUCCCUAUGGAGGGGGACUUGUGGUAUUUGGAGGUUUAGGUAAAAGUGGAAGACCUCUCGGUGAUGCUUUCUACCUAAGAACCACUUCUUCAGGUUUCUGCUGGGAGAAAAUGAUUUUACAUCCAUCCCCAGUGCCCAGAUACUCUCACUCGGCCCAUGUAAUCAAUGACAAUUUGGUUGUGGUUGGUGGAGUUUGGCUUCAAGCUGAUGGAGUACCUGGAGUUGCUGUAAUAAAUUUGACUACUGGGGCUUACGUGGAGAUACAGCUGGAUACUUCAGCUGUGCCUUGGCCUCUUAUGCUGCAUUCAUUCUGCUCCGAGCUGCUGGAUUCUGAGGGGGCCGAAUUGAUGCUCAUUGGUGGAGGUGGAAACUGUUUCUCAUUCGGCACUCACCUUAAUCUCCACCCUGUAACUCUGGAUUUAAGGCCAAUCCUCUAAAAUGUAUAUUAG